AUGGAUAAUAUCAUCAUUAAGCGGAAUAUAUCAAUGAUCGCAAUGUAUUAUUCAUGGAGGGAUGAUGAUAAUGAUGAUGGUGAUGAUGAUGAUGAUGAUGAUGAUAAUGUAAUAAUGGUAACAGAUGACAAUCGAAGUACCAAAAUUCAAGCAAUACGAUUUUCAAUCACAAUUGCAGCAUUUGGUAGAAUCGAAAUGACAUUUAAUCUUUCAUGGGCGAAAACACGAAAAAUGCGAAAGAAUAACCAGGAAUAUAAUGGACUAUCUGUCAUUAGUUUCAUCAUUCAAUAUGAUCGGUGCAUCAUAAAAUCACUGUAUGUUACUUAA